AUGUCUCUUUCUGACUAUAUCGUCACGGAUGACCUCACCAUAAUCCUGGGUCUUGUAGCGGCCUGUCUGUUCUUGCUGCAUAACCUCUACAGGCCGCAAUCUCUAGUGCACCCUAUCCUUCUUGGUAGGCAGAGUGAUGUCGCCCGAGUUAGGAACCCAGGAGAGAGUGCAGUCUACAGAAACUAUGGAACUGGGAUGAUGGGAAGGUUUCCCGUCAGACCAGGCAAAGAACAGAACGUCCUGCUUGACCUUGUCAAACCCGACUAUGAUGCCCCGCGCACACUAUGGUCUACGAAAAUUACGAAUCCCGAAUUAAGGGAGAAAGUAGCAGCUUUUGGCAGUGGUCUUAUAUCGACUGCAGGUCUCGCUCCUCAGGAGUCAAAUGUCUUACUACUUUUGAAUGACGGCAUUGAGUUCCUUAUCAGCGACCUUGCGCUCGCCUCAUACUCGAUACCGUCAUUUGUUUUGAGCUCUCUGUCUCUGCUUUCGCCAGUGCUUGAUAGUCACCCGCCCUCGGUCAUCAUUACUCACGCAACAUUCCUGUCUAAUCUCCUUGAACUAAUCUACGACUCAAACGACAGUGCAUACCCCAUCAUUGUAGUGGUUGGGGACGUUGACGACAAGGUGAUCGCGACUACAGGCCAAAUAUCCAUUGUGAAGUGGGAGGAAGUCGAGCGACGUGGCACCCAAGGUUCUCGCCUACCGUUCUCCACACCGGAUCCACAGGAUGUGUUUAGCGUGACAUUCUCCUCCUCACUCCCGGGGAGGCUGCAGGCUGUUCAACUCACACAUGAGAAUCUCACAGCAGGCGUCGCCGCUACACGCAAUUUGUUACCUCUAUCGAGCGCAAUGUCCACACUUGAUACAAUUGUGUCAGCGUUCCCGAUGAGCUCGCCUUAUGGCCGCGCUGUCGCAUAUACGGCUGUAUAUGAAGGUACUAGCUUUGCGACGUUGAGUUCCACAGAGCUCAUGAAGAGAGAAGACAAGAUUUCUUCCCCUUUGCUUGACUUGCAAUCUAUUAAUACAUUGCCUAUCCCAUCACCCACCAUACUCUUUGUCAAGCCAACACAUCUGAGCGCCAUCACGUCGUCGAUCCUUGAAAGGGCCAGGUCCUCUGCAUCUUUGUUAUAUCCGUUUGCAUGGAGGCACAAGUUUGCUGCUGUCUUGGAAGGCUUUUUGACGAAGCAAAGCCUAUGGGAUCGUCUCGUCUUCGACAAUGCACGAGUCAAUGUCAUGGGCAGAGGCGCUGGUACCAUCCGAGCCCUCGUCGUCAGCGGAGGCCCUGUAGAAGCUCAAUCGCUGGUUCCAGCACGCAUUGCCCUCUCAAUUCCAGUUGUCAAUUCUCAUUCUCACCUCCUGGUUGCUGGGCCUAUCUUCGCAAGUCAUCCAUUAGACCUGCAAACCUUCCCUCCUGUCCCACCGGCUUCUGGAAUUGCAUCUGCAGCGGACGCUUAUGCGUUCACAUAUAUGGCGCCUGUUGGCCCUCCUUCAGUCAAUAUCGAAGCAAAGCUUCUUGGGGUAGAUGAUGCUGCCAUCGAAAGUGGUGCCGAUCCCCGCGGCGCGCUAUAUGUGCGCGGUCCGACUGUCGGCAAGAUCUUACGCGGAGAGGAUGACUCGGGCGAAGGUAGCGAAGAUUGGGUAGAAACUGGCGAGAGAGCCCAAGUCUGCCCGAACGGCACGUUCAGAGUCGUGCCGGUGACCAAGUCCAAGUGAUCCCAAGUGCUCCAUGAUAUUCGAUAAUGCUCUCAUGUCUAAAAUCUGUGUACCAGAUUUGUGUGUGUACUGAAUCCCGACAGUGUUGCGCAUUACUGAGGUUUUAUGUCG